AUGGCUCUAAAAGCAUUAGACGUACCCCCUUAUCGAAUACAGCCGCUCAUUGCAGCUAUUAAUGAGAGCUCAUCAACACCAACAUUGCUUACCUCGGCGCAGGCUUUAGGACUAGAAGUCUAUGUUGGGUGCUCAAAUGGCGAUUUGCUGCGCUAUGCCCUACAGGCCGAAGAUCCGACCAAACCAGAAUCAUACACCCUGCUGUCUCGCCAAACCCUCCCAAAUGAUAAACCCAUAGAAGAGAUACGACCUGCUCCCUCGUUCUCAGAUCCGCCCGCAAAGGUCGAUCCUAUUGAGUUUUGUGUCAUUAAACGGAAUAACAUUGCGUUAUACAGCCUUCGCGAACGGCUCUUUUUUCAGAAGGAGAUACCCCUCCCUCAGGGGGCUACCCUCGCUAGACGUAUAGGGCGCUAUGUGUGUGUCGCAGACAAAGAGUUUUACAACAUCAUCGACCUUGAAGAUGCAUCAUUAUUCCCUUUGCUUCCCCUUUCGCAAGCCUUCGAAAAUACCCAGCCCGUCAAGCCUUUUAUCACUGUGAUUGACAGCUUCGAAUUUCUAGCUCUAUCAUUCACAGAAACCGGGACACUUGGAGUUUUCGUGAAUAGCAAUGGAGAACCUGUACGAGGCACUUUGCAGUGGCCAAGUCACCCAGAGGCGAUCUGUCUGGAUUAUCCAUAUAUCGCCACUCUUCUCGUCAAUGGUACUAUUGAGAUCCAUAGUGUAGAAACGCAGGAACUAGUUCAGGUCGUCCCUGCACCAUCGUCUUCGCCAUCGCUCUCACCUUCUGUAGAGGGUUCCCUUGCCCAAAGGCUCAGCUUGGUGGCGUGUCUUAAUGGGUACAUGGUGCCCUCGCCACAGCGUAGCAACAAGAUGCGCUUGAAAAGAGUAUCGCUUGUUCGCAAACCCCUCCCUACACUGCCGCACGACGAACCAGAGUCUAUCGAAGAGAAGAGGGAGGUGGAUGACGAUGAAAUUGCUGAUGAAAAGAUUUAG